AUGGACCUGAACAAGCUCGAGUCGCUCUUUGCCGACACGUUGAAGGCGUCGCAGGACGUCAGGCAAAAAGCCGAGGAAAACCUCAAGUACAUCUCCAGAACCCCGGGUUUCUUGGGCGCAUGCUUGGAUAUCAUUGGGUCUGCCCAGGACGCUGGGUUACGCCAGGCGGCGGCGGUAUACUUUAAGAACCAGGUGGUUCGGUACUGGAACCAUCCGAAUAAUGGCAUUGACGAGGGCGAGAAGCCUGUGAUCAAGGAUAGAAUCAUUCCUACCAUGCACAAUAUUGACCACCAGCUGAGACAACAAUUGGUGCCAGUUUUGCGUGUUUUGGUGAGUUUCGAGUUUCCCGCCCGCUGGCCCGACUUGCUUCCACAGACGGCGGCGGCUUUGCAGAGACACGAUUCGCCUGUGUCGUUGUAUGUGGGAGUGUUGUGCUUCUCUGAGAUCACUCGGUACUACCGCUGGAUCAGCAAUAAGGAGAGGGAGCGGGACUUGGAUCCUAUGAUUGCCGAGGCGUUUCCUCACUUGUUGGAUGUGGGUAACGCUCUUUUGGCGCUGGAACUUACGGAGGAGUACGCUGAGAUUUUGAAGCUCAUCUUGAAGACAUAUAAGUUUGUUACUUACUAUGACCUUCCUAAAGUGCUUCAAACCCAGGAAACGCUUGCGUCGUGGGGUCAAUUCCACUGUGAUGUCAUUAAAAUGGCCACGCCCGAGUACGUCAAGAACCCUAAUCUCAAUGAAAGGGAAAGAAACCAGCUAGAGAUCUCCAAAUGUUACAAAUGGUCCAUCGCCAAUAUGGAAAGGCUCUUCCGCCGUUACGGCUCCAGAGACUUGUCGCUGAAAAUGAAAUACGACGGCUUUCGUGCUAUAUUUAUUGCUGAGUUUGUGCCUCACCUCAUGUCCAUCUACUUGACUUUGGUCGAGCAGUGGUGUUCUGGCUCCCGCUGGCUUCCAGGCACUGCCUUGUACCACUUGCUAGAAUUCUUGAGUCAUAGUGUCACCCAGAAAGAGUCCUGGGGCUUGGUCAAGCCAUACUUCCAGACUAUUGUCUCCCACCUCAUAUACCCCUUAUUGUGUCCUAGCGACGAGACUUUGGAGUUGUUUGAAGAAGACCCCAAUGAUUAUAUCAACUCGAAGCUUGAUGCAUUUGACGAGGUGGCUCCAGAUAUUGCUGCUUUGGGCUUGUUGGCUACUUUGGUGAGCAAGCGUAAGAAGCUGACUUUGGAGCCGGUGUUGCAGUUUGUCUACACCGAGCUUUCGUCUUUGCAAGAGCAACAGGAGUCUGUAGAGGUUGCCAAGAAGAAGGAGGGCGCCAUGAGACUUAUAGGUGGAGUUUCGCAUUACUUGACCAACCCUAAACUGCCUUACCAUACGCAAAUGGAGGACUUCUUGAAGACUUUAGUGUUACCUAACAUUGCGUCUCAGCAUGAGUUCCUUCAGGCCAGAACACUCGAUGUGUUUUCCAAGUUUGCUGAUUUGCAGUUCCAAGAUGCUCAAAUGUUGCUGGCUUUGUUCCAUGGUAUCCUUAAGCCAUUCAGUUCGGAUGCUGGCGAUGUGAACCUUGCAGUGAUGUUAGAGGCAGCCCUUUCUAUCCAAGCAUACAUGCAUAUUCCAAAGUUCAGGGAUGUGCUUUCCCAGUUAAUUUUGCCCACCAUGUCGAAGUUGCUCGAGCUCACCAAGGAGAUCGAUAACGAUGCCGUUUCUAUGGUUAUGCAAGAAUGUGUUGAGAACUUCUCCGAGCAGCUCCAGCCUUUCGGCGUGGAAUUGAUGCAAAAUUUGGUCAACCAGUUUAUGAGAUUGGCUGUAGAGGUGAAUGACGCUGCCAACGUUGAUGUGGACGACUUUGACGGCGACUACAUGGAUUCAUCCGAUAAGAUCAUGGCAGCCAUUGGUCUUUUGAACACAAUGAUCACUGUUCUCCUAUCUUUUGAAAACUCGAAGGAAAUCUGCAUUCGUCUUGAGGAGACGUUCUCUCCAGUGAUUGAGUACGUGCUCUCGAACAACUUGGAUGACUUCCUUGCUGAGAUUGGUGAGUUGAUUGAAAACUCCAUUUUCCUCCUUCGCUCCGUCAGCCCGCUCAUGUGGAGCCAUUUCGCUCACUUGGCCAAAUCCUUUGACGAAGGCAUUGCUCUCAUGUACACCGAAGAAUUGUUCCAGUGUUUGAGAAACUACAUGGUAUUUGGUCCUCAGGAUAUUGCCGAGAACCCAGAAAUCGCCUCCAGGUUGCUUAGCAUCAUUUCCAUUAUCAUCCUGGGCGAAGAGGAUAUGAGUUACAAUGAUAUUGUGCUUGCCCUUGAUUUGGCACAAACCUUUGUGCUUUCUUUGCAGCGCAAUGCCAUUGGAUACCUUCCUCAGUUGUUUGAAACCAUCUUCCCAGUCAUUGUCAAGGAGAAGGAAGACCCCAAGCAUAUCAAAAAUAACGCCAUGACCGUGGGUAAGGUCGAUUUCAUUGUGUCCUGUUUGAUCUACGAAUCAUCUUCCACCUUGGCAGCUUUACAACAGAGCAACUACCUCAAUAUCUUCAUGGAGCUCUGGUUCGCUCUCAUCCCUCUAUUGAAGCGUGUCUACGACAUCAAGGUUUCCAUCCUAGGGUUGAUCAGUUUGUCCAGCAACAGCGAGGCCGUUCUGAACACGCCUAAUCUUGCUCCUCACAUUGGAUCCAACUUGGCUAUCUUGUACAAGGCUUUGCCAGCUGCAAUCAAGUCGUUUGAGACAAAGAGAGUCAACUUCAGCGAAAAGUCUUACCUUGACGAGGAGUUGUAUAACCCUGGUUUUGGAGACCAUGCUGAUGAGUUUGAGGACUUGGAUGAUGAAGAUGAGACUGGCGGUGCCAACGACGCAAGCACAGAAGAGUACCUUAAUUUCUUGCAACAAGAAAACAACAAGUUGACUCAAUCUGGGUUUACCGAGGAAGACGAGCCUGUCUAUGAGGAUCCAUUGGCAACUACGCCAUUGGACUCUGUGAAUCCAUUUGAUGCAUUGAAGGAGUUUACUUCUUCGCUUCAGUCCCAGCAUCCUCAGUUGCAUAGCAUGAUCUUUGAUGGUCUUUCUGACUCAGAGAAGCAGAUUUUCGUUGACGUCUUACACACGGUUAAAUGA